AUGACUGACAAAAUCCCUCUCGCUUUCGGUUCACAGGCCACGACCACUACACCCAGCAAGCAAGAUGUUGUCGCGAAGAAGAAGGAAGAGCCCGUGCUCGACCUCACGCCGCUCGAGAAGAUGCUCCAGAAUGCAGCGCCCCUUCGAGACGACGGCGUCGAUCGCUUUUUCGGCCUCGAAAAUGCUCUGUUUUAUUCCGAAUCCUUCAGGAACAACGUUGUCAAUUACCCCCCGAUCAUGCCCUCGGAGACAAACGGCAGCCGACCAAAGGUUCCCAUCACUAUCAGACCUCCACCCACUGACCCUGUCGAGACCCUGCCGAAACAAAAGGGCCUAAGUACAUCGCAGGUGAUCAAGCAACGACAGGCCAUGAAUCAACAGUUGCCUGGACAGGUUGGCGUUCGACCUGAAGACAAACCUGAUACGCCCGAAUACAAGAAGAAACAAGCCAUGAUCAAAGGGCCUAUCCUGGAAUUGGCACGAGAGAAUGCCACUUCUUAUGGCAUGAAUGAAUGCACGUUUACUGGACUCAAGGACAUUUUCCUGGCGUUGCUGGAAAGCAACACCCACACAGGAGUCCUCAGUCCCCAACGAUUCCUCGAGAUAUUCAAGCGCGACAAUGAGAUGUUUCGAAACUCAAUGCACCAGGACGCUCAUGAGUUUUAUGGCUUGGUGCUGAAUGAUGUCAUCAACAGCGUUGAGAGCACAGCUCGCCAGAUGCAGUUGCAGGCACCAGCUGACGGCAUUGAUGGCCUGGCAACUUCAGUGGGACACGCUCUUGGAUCUGCCAUGGUAAACCAUGUAGCUGGGUCAAGUUCCCCAGCAACAGGAUGGGUCCAUGACAUUUUUGAGGGCGUUCUCACAUCAGAAACCAAGUGCUUGACUUGCGAGACUGCUUCUCAGCGCGAUGAGACAUUUCUUGAUUUGUCCAUUGAUUUGGAAGAGCAUUCAUCAGUGACAUCUUGCUUAAGGAAGUUUUCAGCCGAGGAGAUGCUCUGUGAGAGAAACAAGUUCCAUUGCGACCAUUGUGGUGGCCUUCAGGAGGCCGAGAAGCGAAUGAAGGUGAAGCGGUUACCCAAGAUCUUGACGCUCCACUUGAAGCGGUUCAAGUAUACCGAAGAUUACAGUCGCUUGCAAAAGCUCUUUCACAGGGUCGUAUAUCCAUAUCACUUGCGGAUGUUCAACACGACAGAUAAUGCCGAAGACCCGGAUCGCCUCUAUGAGCUGUAUGCGGUAGUGGUCCACAUCGGUGGUAAUGCCUACCAUGGUCACUACGUGUCCAUCAUCAAGGUGCCGGGCAGGGGAUGGAUCCUAUUUGACGACGAGAUGGUUGAGCCGGUGGACAAGAAUUUUGUCCGCAACUUCUUCGGUGACAAGCCAGGGAUGGCAACCGCGUACGUUUUGUUCUACCAGGAAACAACAUUCGAGAAAGUGCGAGAAGAGCAAGAAAAGGAGGGCAUGGAGGAGGUAAAACUCGCUAGCGAAGCAGCCAAUCUGGCUCAGGAGAACGGGGAAAAAUCAGAUACGGCACCUCUAAGACGGCAAGCAACGCAGCCCAUGUCGCCCCUGACGCAUCACGAGUCGAUGGCAAAUCUUGCCCAUGCCAGUACGGCACCAGCCAUGCCUUCAGCUCCCCACCCGGAUCCUUCGCCCCCAGCAGCCGCUGCAGCUGCAACAAAUGGCCUGACUCGUGUCACUACGCAGAAAGAAGAAGUCAAGUCGAAAGAGGACAAGAAACGAGAGAAGAAGGAGCGCGAAGCUGCUGAGAAGGCCGAGAAACUUGCGGAAAAGGAGCGAGAGAGACAGGCCAAGGUUGACGAGAAGAGACGAAGAGAAGACAACUACAAAGCAAUACAGGCACGACGAAAUGAGAACGAUGAACUAGCCAAAGUGCUGGAGGCUAGCAAGAAGUCUGCAGCACAAGAAGAGGAAGCAAGAAAGAAAGAAAACGGAACACCUCAGAGCAAUGGAAUACUCGACCGAACCAAACGCGGCAGCAAGUCUAUGUCGAGGAGAAGUUUCUCGCUUUUCCACAAAGACAAAUCGGCUGGGCAAACGCCUGAUACGCCUAACGGCGAUGCAGGCGAUAAACACGACAAGCUCAAGGAUCGCCUAAGCUUCAGCUUGGGACGUAAAAAGAGCACGAAUUUACUUUCGUAA